GAGCUCAGUUCAAUUUGCUCUACUUCUUCCUGCCCUUUGCCAAUCAACCGACAACGCUUGAAAACACGAUGGCAACGUUUGUAGCGCUACUGCUGACGAUGGUCCUGUUGCCGGUACUGCUCCAAACAAGCGGUCCAUACGCCGCGGCCGAAAAGGUUUGGGUUGAUCGGGACAAAGUGUACUGCGAACAUAUCGAUUGUACCAGGGUCGCCACGUACAAGGGGGAACGGUUCUGUAGCCCGUGCGAUACGCGACACUUUUGCGAGUGUAAGGAAACGAAGGAAUCUCUGCCGUACAUGUACGCCUGCCCAGGGACGGAGCAAUGCCAAACGAGCGAUAGGCGAGGAUCGUGCCAACAAACGAUGUCCGAUGAACUGUGCAGUCGAAUCGAUCAAGCUUUCCUGGAGGCGUAAGGCCAUUUUGUUUUGCUUUUGGUACGGGUUUAUGGCAAUGAUAGCUUCUUGCUACAAAUAAAAGGUGUGGAUUGCUAAUCAUAGAGCCGGAAAAUUAAAAAUAUAUUUAAGAAUAAAUUGAUGAGAACCACUGGCGAAAGCAACACAUAACGUAAAUGUUGUCCAUCAAGGUCUUACACUUUGCGCUCACAGUGACCACACCACAUGCAAAGUUAAGAACAAGCAAGAACCACGAAAAACACUUUCGUUGGAAGAAAUAUAAUUAUUGCUGUUGUGUCUGAUGGAUAGCUUUAAUAUAACCCAGCCAACCAGUCCAUCAA